UCAAACUUGAGGAUACACUUGAGGGUGCACACCGGUGAAAAACCCUUUUCGUGCAAAUAUUGCUCAAAAACAUUCGCUGCGAGCUAUGUCUUAAAGAAACAUCUGACAGUUCAUACUCAAGAAAAACCUCAUUCGUGUGAGCAUUGCCCAAAGACAUUUUCUGAAUGUUCGGACUUACUGAGGCAUUUGCGGGUCCACACUCAAGAAAAACCUCAUUCGUGUGACUAUUGCUCGAUGGCAUUUUCUCACGCUUCAGACUUAAAGAAACAUUUGGUGGUUCACACGGGCGAAAAGCCUCAUUCGUGUGACUAUUGCCCAAAAACAUUUUCUCAAUCGUCAAACUUGGCGAGGCAUAUGAGAACCCAUUCCGGCGAAAAACCAUAUGCUUGCGAAUAUUGCUCAAAGACGUUUUCUGGCCCUGAAAACUUAAAGAGGCACUUGCCUGUCCAUGCUGUCGAAAAACUCUUUUCGUGCGGCUAUUGUCCGAAGGCAUUUGCAACGAGUUCCAGGCUGAAGGCGCAUUUGAGAAUCCACGUCGGCGAAAAGACUUAUUCGUGCGACUAUUGCUCAAAAGCUUUUUUGGCGAGUUCAGGCUUAAAGAAACAUUUGCGAGUCCAUACCGGCGAAAAGCCCUUCCAUUGUGAGCAAUGUCCAAAGGCGUUUUCUGCUCGUUCAGACUUAAAGAAACAUUUGGCCGUUCAUACGGGGGAAAAGCCCUAUUCGUGUGAACUUUGCACGAAAGCGUUUUCCCAAUCUUCAAACUUAGCGGCACAUGUGAGACUGCACACUGGUGAAAAGCUUUAUUGUCAGUAUUGUACAAAGGCGUUUUCUUCCAAAUUAGGCUUAAAGAAACAUUCGAGAGUCCAUGCUCAAAAAGAGUAUUUGUGUCAAUUUUGUUCAUCGUCAUUUUCGGACUCUGCAAGCCUACAGUCACAUGUGAGUCUCCAUUCCGAUUACCUCAUGUUGAUGUACAUUUUAUCAAUCAAUUCAAGUUUUUGGCUAACAAAGACAAAUAAUCAGGAACACCCCGAAAUAUCCAUUUUGACGAUCCCCGAGUUAAUUACGACGAGUUUUCUCGUAACG